AUUUUUUUUGGGCUUUGAAUUGUUGUUUCUGAUCUUUCAUGAACCAAAUGUGAAAAGCAGAUUAAUCGAUAAUGAAAAUAAUUGUUCAAUGCAACAUUACUGUAGUGCCCCCAAGUGGCCAAAAAACCUGCUCUAAAAACCUUUUUUUAUUUUUUUAAGUGGUUAAAUAAUUAAAAUAAAACAGUUGGGUACUGUAGUUUCUAUAAAACGUUAGUCAAACAGGAUUAAAUAGUGCAUUUGGUUGGGACUAUUUUCAGCCGCGGAUUAAUACACAAUUAGUGCACUAAUGAGUAGAUACAGCAGGACGUGUUUAUAAUGGUCUAAAAAUAAACUGCAGUGCCCAAGUUCAUCAUAAUGAGGGAACAUGUCAUGUGGCUCAUCAAUGAGUUUUUGGAAAUCAAUGGAACAGAGGAACAAGUUGUAUCAGACUUUGGCUCCUUGUUAAAAUAUAGAACUAUAAUAAUUUAAGAAUAUAAAUAUAGAAUAUCACCAACCCUAUUCUUUAACUUCAGUACCUCAUUCACAGUCACUGAUGCAAAAUCAUGGUGCAACUUUUCUUUUGUCUUAACAUUAUUUAAAUAUUUAUUUUCUUAAUGUGACAACUAAUUUCCUCAAUAUUAGCCUUGAUAGUAAUGUUCAUCGACAGGAUUACAGUGAACACAAUGUGAAGCUGAAUACACAAAAUACUAUUGUAUUACUAUAUAAAUGUUUAAGCAGCUGAAUCAGGAUUAUUUUGAAACAUGAAUAUACAAAGGGAUCAUUUAUGGAGAUCAUGUCGUGUUUUAUUUCCCUCGUGUGUCAAAGUGUCUCAGGUGUAUCAGAUCAUUAUUUAAUCAAUGAAAAACAUCACAUUGUACAGUACAAUACUUUACACUCCCUGCCUGCUGGAAUUAAAAUGACAAACCUGACUAUAAAUAUAGAUUUCAGAGUCUCUGUAGCUGCAUUUUCAAAUAAUUAAGCAUUACAAGAAGUGCUUGUUUAUAAAGUAGCAGUCAAAAGUAACUAAGUACAUUCACUCAAGUACUGUACUUGGUAUUUCUAUUUUAAUACUUGUACUCUACUACAUUUCUUCAGGAAAUAUUGUAUUUUAUGCUCCACUUUAUUCAUCUGACAGCUGUAACUACUUAUCAGAUUCAGAUUAUUAAUACAAAUUAUAUUCUAACUAAUAAAUUAUUAAGUAUUAUUACAGAUUAAGCAACCCUGCGGUAAAUAAAGUAGUUGAAAUUCGCUGCACUUUUACCAGCUGCAACAUUUAUGUGAUGCUUAAACAUAAAUGCAUCAAUAGUUAUGAUACAAUAAUGUAAUAUAUUAUGAAAUGGGCCAAUACGUAUAAUGACUACUUUCUAAGUAUAUUUGGAUUCACUUUGAAUCCAGGACUUUUACUUGAGUAUUUCCACGUGGUUGUGUUGCUACUUUUACUCCAGUAAACUAUCUGAGUACUACCUCCACCACUGGAAAAAAGUACAAUGCAUUUUUAAUUCGUUUAAUAAAUGUUGCACGAUGGGACACGAUGUUCCUUUACGUUUCAUUGGCUUUAAAUUGAGUCGACCAAUCCAGAGAGGCCUUGUUCAGCUGCAUCCAAUAGCAGCAGCUGAUGUUGACACCCAGUGGUGGGAAGGGCAGAUUGUUGCAGCUGAUCAUAGAGUUUAUUUCACUGAGUGCAGACACACGUUGUGGAUUCAAUAUUUUUUAGUACGCACCCGGUCCUGAUGGGGGGAAACAGCCCGAGUCACCUCUCUCGUGAGGAUGGUGAAGGCGGAGGAGUUACUUUUGUGAAGGGCAUUCGGCUGUCAGAUAAAGUGAUCCACCGGAUGAAAGAGUCUCCAAAGGUCUCACAGGGUGGACGUCCUAAUUUUCGCUCACCUGAAACACAAACACCCACUCCAGUUCCCGCCCCCUCUGUCGAACACUUGAUGCCUCUUCUGAAGCCUCCUCCUCCGUUCAGCACACCAUCCACACCUCCGUCAGCGGAACCUUCUCCUGCUGUAAAACUCGUCCCUCCUCCUCCUGUAAAGUUUCACUCCCUGCCUCCUACUUCUGUGGAGCCUGCAUCCCCGCCUCCACCUGUAGAGCCAAAAACUCCACCUCUAAUUGCGCCUGUUGUCUCAGAUGCCGCUGCACCCACUCCCCCUCCUCCUCCUCCUCAAGAAGCCCCACCCACACCUCCAUCAGUGGAACCACCUCCUCCUGUAAAGUUUCACUCCCUUCCUCCUACUCUGGAGCCCGAAGCCCCGCCAAAAACUCCACCUCUAACCAUUCCUGUGGUAGCAGCCCCUCCUCCAUCUACACCAUCUCCACAAGUAGAAGCACCUGUGGAGCUUGAAUUGCCUCCUCCUCCUCCACCAGCUGCUGGAGAGCCAGUAGUCCUGCCUCCUGUUGAAUCCUUCAUCCUACCUCAUGUAGAGCCAGAAACCAUGUCUACUCCGGCGAUAGCAGAACACAUCUUCGACCCUAUUGUCCUACCUCCACCCGUAGAAUCGGCUGUAGCUCCACCUGAACCUUUAGCUUCACUGCUGCCCUCUGAAACAUCUCCAACUACUAUUGAACCUGCUGCUGUCACUCCCUCUGUUGAAUCUGUUAUAAUACCAGUGGAAAUGGCUCAACCUCCACCCACUGUUGAAUUUACACCAGUUCAACCAAUAACACCAACCUGUCAUGUUGAUUCUGCUCCUGUUGAAGCUCUAGUUUUACCGCCGCAAGUGGAGACGACUCUUGUUGGAGCUGCAGUCCCACCUGCUGCAGUUGAAAAAGAAAUGCCUCCUGUCCUGGUUUCAGCUGUCGAUCCACCACUUCCAUGUGAACUUAUUUCACCUCCUCUGGAGCCGGUGGCAGCACCCUCUCCUCCUCUGGAGCCGGUGGCAGCACCCUCUCCUCCUCUGGAGCCGGUGGCAGCACCCUCUCCUCCUCUGGAGCCGGUGGCAGUACCCUCUCCUCCUCCGGAGCCGGUGGCAGCACCCUCUCCUCCUCCGGAGCCGGUGGCAGUACCCUCACCUCCUCCGGAGCCGGUGGCAGUACCCUCACCUCCUCCGGAGCCGGUGGCAGCACCCUCACCUCCUCCGGAGCCGGUGGCAGCACCCUCACCUCCUCCGGAGCCGGUGGCAGCACCCUCACCUCCUCCGGAGCCGGUGGCAGUACCCUUACCUCCUCUGGAGCCGGUGGCAGCACCAGCACCUCCUCCGGAGCCGGUGGCAGCACCAUCUCCUCCUCCGGAGCCGGUGGCAGCACCCUCACCUCCUCCGGAGCCGGUGGCAGCACCAGCACCUCCUCCAGAGCUCACUUUUGAAGAGCCCCCCCUACCCUGUCACUGUGUGGAGCUGGCCAUCAUACCGACUGAUGCACCUAUAAGUGAACCCUUCGUAGAGCCUCUGGCACCACCUCCACCCUCUCCAGCUCCUCCUGCUGAGGAGCCCACCAUAAACCCGUCUCUGCCCCCUGUUGUUGAGGACGAAGUACCUGCUGUUGCCUCAGCAGCGCCACCUGCAGCAGCUUCACCCGUUCCUCCUGCAGUGGUGGAGGAAGAGCUGAGGCAGAAGAUCAAAGAGGAGAUGCAGAUGAGUCUGGAGGAGGAGAUCAACCAGAAGAGGCAGGAGCUGCAGCGACAGCUGGAGGAGAUGAGGGCUCAGGCUCAAUCAGAGGCCCGUGCAGCCGUUCGGGCUCAGGUGGAGGAGCAGGUGAGGAAGACGCUGGGGGCGGAGAAGGAGGCGUACGUAGAGAACCUGACGGACUCCAUCAUGAAGGAGAGAAUGAAGACUGGCGACGAGAGGCUGAUGGUGCAGCUUUAUCGGAUGGAGGUGAAGGCUCAUCAGCUGGAGGAGAGGGAGAAAGAGUUGAUGAAACGAGAUGUUCUCUACAAGGAACAUGUCGCAAAACUUGAGGCAAAGUGCACCGAGUUUUACAAAGUGACUGCUGAGAGCUUCCAGAAGGGCAAAGAGGAGACUCACAACCGUUUUGCGCGUUUCGACAUCCAGCCGGUGUGCGGUGACUUGCAGAGUCAGAUUCUGAAAUGCUACAAGGACAACACGGGAAAGACUCUGUCGUGCUCGAGCAUCGCCUCGGCCUACAUGCAGUGUGUGGACAACGCCAAGAAGAAUAAAUUGAGCCCCGGAGGUUAAUGUGGACCGCUUGAUGAGGAUGAAAACAUCUGGAAGCUUUACAGCUGCAGCAAGGAAAAGUUGACCGACAGAUGAGUCACAGGAGAAUCGACUCCAGCCUUUACAUAUAUCUGGAAAAACGUGGUGACGUCAUGUUUUCAACCUCUCUGGUUCUUGGGAUCAUCUUAAAACCAAUUGUGCCACAACAAUAACAGACGGAUCAAUUCAUUUUAUGUGCUCGUCUUCGUAAAUGAGGUGAAGCACACAAAAGGAGUUUGACUUUUGAAUUUAAGUCAAGUGUUUGUGUGAGAUAUACAGUAUAUAUACGGAAUGACAUCCUGGUGAAUCGAUAUGUAUGUGUGCCUUGAAGUUACAAAAGCUAAUUAUCAGAUUUCAGAUGCAUGAAAGAACUGUUUAAUGAGCGGGAUGUCAAGUAACAAAGACUUGUACAUGCUUGAGUUUAUUGAUUCUGUAUAUAAGUUAUUUCAGAAGUUUUCUUUCUGAUGCAUGCAAAGAAAAUUAAAUCGGUCUCAAUAAACUUUGUUGUGGAAUCGCAUAAUGUUGUAGUUUGAGUAAAAGUGCACAAUUUCUUCUACAGGGUAUGCAUUCUUCAUCAUUACAUAAUUAAGGACUGAACCUUCACUUUAUUUUCCA